GUGACUGAAGUCCGGGUGGGAGGGGCCGGAGGUUCAAUCUUUCCGACUGACGAGCCUCUCAGACCGGCCGGUCCACCGUGGGACAGAGAGGGGCUGGUGGCGUCGCUGGCGCUGGCUGUGCGGCGGCAGCCUUCUGAGUGUGGCGUAGACAUUCUUGGAAUGCGAGUCUCAUCUGUCUCCAUGUGGUCCAUCAGCAGCCUAAGCAUCAGUGUAGACAGGCUCAGACAUGCCAAGGCGCCUCGCAGACAGCUCCCAUGUGAACAAGAUUGUCUUGAAAAUCUUCACUGAAAUCUUUGCUGGCGGCCAACAAUGGCAAGUAAGGGGCCCUCGGCCUCUGCAUCCCCUGAGAAUUCCAGUGCAGGGGGCCCCAGUGGCAGCAGCAACGGCACUGGUGAGAGUGGAGGGCAGGACAGUACCUUUGAGUGCAACAUAUGCCUGGACACAGCCAAGGAUGCUGUCAUCAGCCUGUGCGGCCACCUCUUCUGUUGGCCGUGUUUGCAUCAGUGGUUGGAGACCAGACCUAACAGACAAGUGUGUCCAGUUUGCAAAGCUGGAAUCAGCCGGGACAAGGUCAUUCCACUCUAUGGCAGGGGCAGCACCGGGCAGCAGGAUCCCAGAGAGAAGACUCCUCCUCGUCCUCAAGGCCAGAGGCCGGAGCCCGAAAAUAGAGGGGGAUUUCAAGGAUUUGGAUUUGGAGAUGGUGGCUUUCAGAUGUCUUUUGGAAUAGGAGCAUUUCCAUUUGGGAUAUUUGCCACAGCAUUUAACAUAAACGACGGACGGCCUCCUCCAGCUGUCCCUGGGACACCCCAGUAUGUGGAUGAGCAGUUCCUGUCACGUCUCUUCCUGUUUGUAGCCCUGGUGAUCAUGUUCUGGCUCCUGAUCGCCUAAUACAGGACCCCUGUUUGCAUCUACAGCAGCACCUCUGGACUGGUGAUGUGCCACACCCACUCCUGGUGUUGGACUUGUUUAAUCCCGACCCCUGGAAUCAAGGGUCAGAAACACAUCAAGGAGUCUUGCUUCUCCAUUAGAGCUUUGGAACUCAAAACCAGUUGGCAAGGAAUCCCCAGUUUCACCACUGCUGUAAACACCCUUCUAUAACCUCAGGUCUUAUGUUGAAUCACUUCUCCUGUUCCAGCCUUCUCAGCAGGUCCCAGCUCUACACAGGGAAGAGAUGGGAAGAAAGAAACAGAGUUUCUUUCACCAGAACUUUAUAUUACAAAAAUGAAGGGAUGAACCAAAUGGUAUUUAUGGAAACUUACUUUCACCUGUUUAAAUACCCUUGGUAAGUGGCCUCUGCUAUUCUGAGAGAUUCCCUUCCAGAUCCCAGUGCUGCUCUGCCUGCCCUCCUGCCCUCCCCUUCCUCAGCAAAGACAGAAGAAUUACUGCCCUGCCCCAAGAAGGUCAUAAUUAUAGCAACAGGAGCUGAAGAUGCUGUGGGACCUUACCAGAGACUCUGGUCUUUGAUUGGCUCUGGGCCUCAUUCAGUGUCUUGGCCCUAGAAAGCAGCUUGAGUGACUGACUGCCUGGUUUCCUGGUAGAUUGUCCCUGGUGUCACUUGGCUCAGAUUUCCCAUCAGCUUUCUCCUCUAGACUACUGCUGAAUUUGAACCAACUACUCUGCUUCAGAGCUUUGAUGCAGGGACAGCAGGACAAGUAUCCCUGCCCCUAGGCUAUAGAAGCCUGAGUAAUCCUCUCUCAGAACUUGCCCAGAGAAACUGGAGGCUUUCUCAGGUCAGCCAGCUGCAUGUAGAACUACCAUCCUCAGAAGCCAUUGUCCUUUUUAAACGCAUUCAGGACUCUCAUUCCACCUGCAGUCCCUGAUGUUGGUAUAGCUUGAUGGAUUUACCUGAAAACUCCUUGAAUGUCUGCUGAACCCAGGGACACAUGAGGCUCCUGAGCAAGCAACCCCUGGUGAUAUGUAAAAGCAAAGGACCACAGUGAUACAGUAUGGUCUUCCUUAUUCUUCCCACAUAUCGAUUUGUUCUUGAAAUUCAUAAGCUGCUUCCUCUGAACCUGAUUGUGGGAGUGUGGUGCCAGGCAGGAGAAUAGUUCACCUGCUCAGACGGUUCUUGCUCUGCCUAUGAGGCUUCAUCUUAGAAAUGUCUCUUACUGGAGACCUCAGCAGGGCAGCAAGAUGAACUUCUACUGGACCCUUUUGUUCACUUCUUCAGCACUCACUGCCCCAGCAAUAACAGAAACCGGGUGGUGACUUUUCUAGAUACGGCUCUCCAUAAUCUGUGGAAUCCUAGACUUUGAGGAUGAUGAGAGAGCCCUCCUCCUCACUCGCGGUCCCCACCUGCCAAUGCCAGUGUUAGUAUCGAAAUGGAUACAGUAUGAAGUAUUGAGUGGGAGGGUGGUUUGGCAAAUCCAGCUGGUAAGAAUAAGCAACUUUAUAAUGUGCUGACAGACUUUAAAUAUUCUGUGUCACUUGGAAAUCCCCAGUCCCGGGGCCCCUGGAGUGUCUCUGUUCUAGAGAGAAUUGGUAGAAUCCCUCAGUGUGGUGUAGCCUUGAGUGGUAGAGGGAAACUUAAGCCAGUGAACACAAAAGAAAUGAGUUUCCCAAAGAAAGGAAAGAAGAGUUUUAAGUAGUGGAGUCAAUCAUUUGGAAUCUGGUGAAAUGGAAUGAGCCCAGGUGUGCACUCAGCAAAGGCAUUCCAGGAGCAUGCCAGUAACAAAGCUGGGAUGGCCAUGUGCCCUUUGUGAACAUUACAGGGCUACACACCUGCCGGCAGCUGAGGCAGGAGAGCCAACUUGGGAGUCCCUUCUCCUUUGUAGGCUAUACUCUUUAGGCUCACCACUCGUCCUGUAGCCAAAUCAGCUUUCCCUUCUUUGUUUUGUAUGUCCUCAGCCUCCACCUUUCUGCCACCCCCAUGGACAAGGACAGUCAGAAAAUGGGAACAUGUAAGGCAGCAUACCUUGACGAGCCACUGAUUUUCACUGUUGUGAAAGCGAUUUGAUUUAGAAUUAAAUGGUUUUACAUUA